UCCAACAGCCACGAGGCACUGAGGGCCUUGCUAGGAAGCCUGACCCGUGUUUGAGCACCCAAGCUGGAAAGAAUACAUAGAAGGGAGUCUUUUUCCACGCACAGCAGAGCAGGGACCUCAUGGCGCCAGCUGUGGUGUUGCUGUGCAGCUCCCUGCCCCCAGCCAGCCAUAACCUAUGUGGUGUUUUGGGGGCAGCUCCUCGGGCUCCGACAGCAUCUACCAAGAAGAAGUAGGAAGGCCCUCCUGGCCUUCUUGGAGGUGGUACAUCAUGUAGAAGAAAUCUUCAUUUUGCAAGGCUCGUGAUAACAUCAAGAGAUGCAAAGAGUUGCAAAAACAACAACAACACGAGUUGCAAAGGAGGGCAGUGUGGCGGGGUGGGCAAACUCCAUGCAGCCUCCAGCUCAGAGGCGGUGGGAGAAAGCUGCCUCCGGGUCCAGGAGGGCUCCAGGUACCCCAAAUCCACCCCAAAUGGAGGGGGACCGUUGCCGAAAGCUGCCUGAAUUCCCCUCCUCAGAUUGCUGAGGUUUGCGCUUCGCAAUGAGAUUAAUCAGAUGAAGUGUGACCUCGGUGGUUUCCUGGAGUCUCGUCUCAGGGUAUAAAUCCUUCCUGAGAGCAGGAAGAGACCCCACUCACAGCCUCACCCCUGGGGCAUCCUCGAGGCCAUGCAGCACCCACAGAGACUCCUGCUGACCAUCCUGCUGCUGGCGGGGCCUCUGGACACGGCUGGUCGCUCCUGGAGCCGGUUGGACCAGGACGGCCGGGCUGUGGCUCAAUCCAGGCCAUACAUGGCUUAUCUGCGGGGCAGGGAUGGUGGGUUCUGCGGGGGCUUCCUGGUGGCCCCCGGGUGGGUGAUGACGGCCGCGCAGUGCUUCAGCCACAGACCUCUGACCGUCAUCCUCGGAGCCCGCGACAUCCAGAGGGAAGAGGAAAGCUGGCAGGAGCUGCAGGUGCAGAAGUACCACUGCCACCCCAAGUACAGGAGGCGCGAGGAGGGGCACGACAUCCUCCUGCUGGAGCUGAAAAGCAAAGCCAUCGUGAACGACCGCGUGAGGCCCAUCUCCUUCCCAAACACGAGGUUUCCUGGAGGGCUGAUGUGCAGCGUCGCCGGGUGGGGGCACGGAGCCUCCAACACUGCCCUCUGUGAGGCCAACGUCACCGUCAGCAAACAGCGGGACUGCCUCCCCAUCUACCUCGGCCUCGCCGACCACGUCCUGUGUGCCAAGAGCAGCAGCAACGGGGUUCCUGACAAGAGCUAUACUGGGUGUCCCCUCGUGUGCAACAACAGAGCCUACGGGAUCUACUCCUACCCCUACCGGCAGCCCAUGUCCUUCUACACAGACAUCAGCCCCUACCUGCCCUGGAUCAACCACGUCAUGAAGUCCUGAGGUCGCAGCGAUUGCUCUCACCCACGCGGUGCCCAAUGCUCUCCUGCUGCCGCUUCCGUCCUCCCCAGGGAAGCCCCCCUGGGAUCCCCCUUCUGGUGUAGAGCCCCGUUUUGGGCUGCACACCCAAAGGAGGGGCUGCAGCUCUCAGGACCCAGCGAGCGUCUCCUCCUCCCCGCUGUGUGACACCCGGCUGCUUUCAUUCACCACCCAUUUGUGACACCCUCCAUCCUUUCCCUGCCUCGUUUCCCCCUCCUGCUGCAGCUCUGUUGUA